AAGAAAGCACCUCUGAGUCUCGGGGGAAUCUGCUUGAUCGACUCAGAGGCAAUCCGGCUGGAGUGGAAGGACCACCUGGAUGCCUCCUCCAUCAUCUCUCUGCGCUGAAGGGAAAAGAGCUGCCAUGCAGCCCGCUCAGGCUGGGGUGUCCUUCGAAGAGGUGGCUGUGCAUUUCACCCCGGGGGAGUGGGCCCUGCUGCGCCCGGCCCAGAGAGCUCUCUACAAGGAAGUCAUGCUGGAGAAUUAUGGGAACGUGGCCUCUCUGGGACCUCUGAUUGCUAAACCGGUCCUUAUAUCCUGGUUGGAAGAAGAGGAAGGGCCGUUUCUCCUGGGCUCUGAUGAAGAGGAGGGAUCGACAGGAGUCGUGUGGGAGUCAGCGAAUGCAAUAGAAGAACCCCGACGGAUGGGAAAAGAGAAUGCAUAUUCAGAGGUGAAAGAGGAGUUUGAAUAUUUGGAUGCACCGAAGAAAGAAGAGGAGGAGGGAAGACGCCCACCAAAAGGGGGUGUUUUACAGGGGGGUGACUCUCUACAGCAAAAAGUCCGUCAAGAAGUCGACAAGAAUGAGUGCACCGCAAGCAGGGACAAUUUCACUGAAAUGUCAGUUAUUAAUAUUCAACGAAGGAAGUGCAACAGAAAGAAAAUCUAUGAAUGUCUGGAGUGUGGAAAAAGUUUCAGGCAGAGAGCACACCUUACUUCCCAUCUAAGAAUUCACACAGGGAAGCAAACAUAUGAAUGCCCGCACUGUGGAAAAAGUUUCUGUCAGAGUGCAGACCUUACUUCUCACCGAAGAACACACACAGCGGAGAAGAAAUUUGAAUGCCUGGAGUGUGGAAAAAGCUUUCGUAGCAGUUCACACCUCAGUGUCCAUCAAAGAAUUCACACAGGGGAAAGACCGUAUAAAUGCCUGGAGUGUGGAAAAAGUUUUCGUCGGAGUGCAGACCUUACUUCUCACCAAAGGACACAUACAGGGGAGAAAAAAUAUAAAUGCAUAGAGUGUGGGAAAGGCUUCAGUCAGAGUUCCAGUCUUACUUUCCACCAAAGACUUCACACAGGGGAGAAACCAUAUAAAUGCCUGGAAUGUGGGAAAAGCUUCAGUUCCAGUUCACACCUUACUUCCCAUCAAAGAAUUCACACAGGGGAGAAACCAUACAAAUGCAUGGAAUGUGGAAAAAGUUUCAGACACAGUCAGAGUCUUACUUUCCAUCAAAGAAUUCACAAGGAGGAGAAACCAUAUGAAUGCCUGCAGUGUGGGAAAAGGUUCAGUCAAAGUUCACACCUUACUUCCCACGAAAGGACCCACACAGGGGAGAAGAAAUAUCAAUGCCUGGUGUGUGGGAAAAGCUUCAUUCAGAGUAGCAAUCUUAUUUCUCAUCAAAGAAUUCACACAGGGGAGAAACCAUAUAAAUGCCUGGAGUGUGGAAGCAGCUUCAGGAAGAGUGGCCACCUUACUUCCCACCGAAGAAUACACACAGGAGAGAAACCAUACAAAUGCCUGGAAUGUGGGAAAGCCUUUCCUUUCAGUUCUGGCCUUACUUCCCAUCGAAGAAUUCAUAUAGGGGAGAAGCCAUAUAAAUGCCUGGAGUGUGGAAAAAGCUUCAGUGUGAGAUGCAGUCUAAUCUCCCAUCAAAAAAUUCACACAAGGGAGAAACCAUAUAAAUGUCUGGAGUGUGGAAAAAGCUUCAGUCGGAGUGGCAGUUUGACUUCCCAUCGAAGAAUUCACACAGGGGAAAAACCAUACAAAUGCCUGGAGUGUGGGAAAAGCUUCACUGACAGUUCCAGUCUUGCUUCCCACAGAAGAAUACACACAGGAGAGAAACCAUACAAAUGCCUGGAGUGUGGGAAAGCCUUUACUUUCAGUUCCGGCCUUAUUUCCCAUCGCAGAACCCACAUAGGCGAGAAGCCAUAAAAUUCCUGGAGUUUUACACACACACACACACACACACACUGUGGCUAAUAGCCACUGAUGGAUCUCUGCUCCAUAUUUUUAUCUAACCCCCUCUUGAAGCUGGCUAUGCUUGUAGCCGCCGCCACCUCCUGUAGCAGUGAAUGCCACAUGUUAAUCACCCUUUGGGUGAAGAAGGAUUUCCUUUUAUCCGUUCUAACCCGACUGCUCAGCAAUUUCAUUGAAUGCCCACGAGUUCUUAUAUUGUGAGAAAGGUACGUCUUUCUCUACUUUCUCCAUCCCAUGCAUUAUCUUGUAAACCUCUAUCAUCAAAAAAUUCGCAGGGGGAGAAACCAUAUAAAUGCUUGGGGUGUGGAAAAGUGGGAUUGUCGGUGCUGGGGAGUAAUAGCUACCUCCCUUCAACUGUUAAAAGCAAGUUUAAAUAAUUCGGUCUUACACGCCCCGUGGAACUGUGGCAGGUCCCGCAGGGCCAUGAUGUCUUCGGGGAGGGCAUUCCACAAAACAGGGGCCAUUACCGAGAAGACUCUGACUCUAGUGCUGGACAGUUGAGUUUCUUUUGAUCCGGGGAUCUUAAGGAGAUUUUGAGACCCUGAACGGAGUGCUCUCUGGGGGCACAUGUGGGGAGAGGCGGUCCUGAAGGUAGGAAGGUCCCAGGCCAUAUAGGGCUUUAAAGGUUAUGACCAGCACCUUGAAGAGAAUCUGGAAGGCCACAGGCAAGCAGCGCAGUGUUUCCAGCACAGGUUGAAUGUGCACCCAUACAGGUAGCUCCAUUAACAACCUGGCUGUCGCUAUGAUUCUAUGAACUCUAUGAUUCUAUGAAUUUCUCUUCCUCUUGUCACUUUUGUCAAAAGCGUUGUGUCUAAUAAGGCUUUCUACUGAUGGCUUUCGAUCAGAAAAUACCUUCUGUUGAGUGAACAUAGCACAAGUGCUCGGGUCCCUAAUGUUCUACCUAUCGUCGUAAAAACUGACUUCCCUACUUAGAGAAUUGUAAUGCUUGCAUAUUUAGCUAAGUAUGAGAAAUGUUAGUAGAGCUGAUUUUUAUUGCGAGCGUUUUUUCUGUACUUGUAUGAUUAACUUUCCCGUUUGUGAAAUCCUUGCCUAAUGAAAAGAGCCUGCUGUGUUUGAAAUAAAAUCAUGAUAUCUAAAAA